GGGGCCGGGCUGUUCGGAGCUCAGUUCUCAGCCUGGUCUCGAGCUGGGCGGACGACCACACACUCCUAACACAGACUUCACCUACACAUCUCAAAUUUUGUGAAAAAAACCAAAAAAAAAAGUGAAAAUCUAGUGAAGAUCUGUCGUUAGAAAACAUCAAUCAAUGUAACCGUACAACCCGGUACCCAGCAACCCAUACCCAAUGACACGGAAGGUAAAGGUACAAUACUACCAAUAGGCACUACAACCCAGGACAAAUCUUUCAAGUAACAGGGAAACACUACAACUCCCCUUAAUUGGAAACAUCACUCAUCCGGAAUGCUGCAGCUGGUGCAAAUGGCCCGCCAUGUGACCACCUGGCUUGGCUGGACUCCCGGUCCGGGCAAGACCGGUGGUGCUGGCUGCGAGUGCUUUCCGGCGGACGACGAAUCGGCCCAGGAAUCAUCCGGUCUGGCCACCGUCCUUAUGCUUUAUGUGGGCAUGGCGGCACUCUUCCUGGUCGUGAAUCACUGCACCAGCCACGGCCCAGACCAGGCACGGGCCAAGCGCGAGCUGGCGGCGCUGGAGAGGCGCCAGGCCCAGGCCCUGGCCCUGGCCACCCAGCACAGUGCUACCAUGCGCCGGACCAGUGGCAGCCCCAGUAGGAGCGCCCCAGCCGAUCGCAGAAUGCCGCACAUGGCCCCGGAAUGGCUGGGCACUUUGCCGGACCUCAUCCGGCAAGUGGCCGCUCCCAGACGACCAACGACCCUCUACCGCCAGCGCCUACGGAUGCGACUGCGUCAGCAGAAGGAGCACGAGCUAGAGCUGCGCCGGGAACAGGAAUAUCUCAGACAGGAACUGCUCGACGAGAAGGAGCGACACCAGCAACAGGACCAGCUCACCCCGGACUGGCAGGAUGUGGUGGACGAGGAUCCGCCAUCGUCUGGCAGUCCCCCAUCCCCCGGAGAGGUCCCCGUCGGAGGGGCGCCCUCCAACCAGCUGGUGUCCCUGCCACAGCGUCAGACCUCGAUUUACUUUGACCUGCCCUCGGAAACCGAAUAGGGAUUUAGAUUUCGACCCACCAAGCGCUACACAAUCGACCCAAAAUUAUUAGUCAACAAACACUAAAUAAAAGCUAAAAAAAAGAGUA